UUUACAGAGAACUGUGAGAACUGUUCAUGAAAAUAAUCAGCUUUUUGCAUUUCUACAAGCACAUGACUGGUAAAACCAGCCAAGGAAGUACUACUUUUCUUAUCUUCAAUACAGUAGACAGUUUGAUCAAAACAACUGUAUGAUGCAAGUUCCUGUUAACACGAGCAACUGUUCUGAUGUCAGUUUCAUUUACAAGGAAACAGUAACUUAAAAAGGAGUUCCAACUACUCUCACACAAACAUAGAGAUCCAAUACCCGACGGCAGAAGACUAACGCAGGAUGAGGAAGAUUUCAGCAGGAGUCACGAGCUGCGGUGUAGCUCUGUUCUGUGCCCUGACUUCUGUCUCAGCUGUAAAGAAAAAUCUCAAUUCAAUCAAUGAUUUGAAGAAAAUCAACUAUGGCCAAUCUGUGCCCAAACACAGCCUUGUGCUGCUCUACUGGUUUGCCAACAUAGUUGACAUUGACGAGAACAAUGUCAUAUGGCUGACCUUUGACCCUAAUAGUGGAGAUUAUGGCUCACAUCAUUAUGGCAACUAUGAGGGGCUGCUGGACCCACUGCCUUGGGGAAAUAGAUACCGGUACUACACUAUUGGCAAUCUCUAUUAUGAAACCUCCAUGCCACUUCCACCUUAUGUUCUUCGUCCCCCAACUGGGUUUGUGGGAAGAAACAGGGACAGGAUCAUAAUUCUUGUCAGGGAGCAGAACAUAGUAGGGCAAGCUUUCCAGAUAGAUCAAGUGUAUAUCACACAACACAUUCAAAAUCAGGGGACAUAUGAUCCAGAUCAUACCUACAGGAUCACUACUAACCUCCUGAGACAGAUCAGAGAGUUUUCUGUAGGAGACGACCAACAGCAAAUGCAGUAUCUCAGAAGCCUCUAUGGAAGUAACGCUGAUGAUAUCCAUAUCAGAAACACAUGGGGUGACCUUGCUUGCCUUGGAAUGCUGUUGUUUAUCGUGAUCCAGGAAAGGUACUCCUUUUACCAACACAACAACAGAACAGAAAACAACCACACACCUGAAAACAACAACAACAACAACAGACCAGACAACUGCAGACCAGAAAACAGCAGACCGGAAAAGUGCAGACCAGAAAACUGCAGACCAGAAAAGUGCAGACCAGAAAACAGACAAAAUGAUUGGAAUGAUGAUGCUUUGGUGAUCGGCAUUAUUACUUUCAUUUGGUUUAUUUUAUUUACUUAUUUUUGGAUUUUUUAAUACACUGGGAAAGUA